AAGGAGCGGGCCGCCGCCACCUUCAAUCCGGAGCUGGUCACGCACAUCUUGGAUGGCAGUCCGGAGAACACCCGGCGCCGCCGGGAAAUCGAGAACAUUAUCCUGAACGACCCGGACUUCCAGCACGAAGACUAUAACUUCCUCACGCGCAGCCAGCGCUACGAGGUGGCUGUUAAGAAGAGUGCCACCAUGGUGAAGAAGAUGAGGGAGUUCGGCAUCUCAGACCCUGAAGAAAUCAUGUGGUUUAAAAACUCUGUACACCGAGGGCGACCUGAGCCUUUGGAUCUUCACUUGGGCAUGUUCCUGCCCACCUUGCUUCACCAGGCCACCGCAGAGCAGCAAGAACGCUUCUUCAUGCCGGCCUGGAAUUUGGAGAUCACAGGCACUUAUGCCCAGACAGAGAUGGGUCAUGGAACUCACCUUCGAGGCCUGGAGACUACUGCCACAUAUGACCCCAAAACCCAGGAGUUCAUUCUCAACAGCCCUACAGUGACUUCUAUUAAGUGGUGGCCUGGGGGGCUUGGGAAGACUUCCAAUCACGCAAUCGUUCUUGCUCAGCUCAUCACUCAAGGGCAGUGCUAUGGACUACAUGCCUUUGUUGUCCCUAUUCGUGAAAUCGGGACCCACAAGCCCUUGCCAGGUAUUACUGUUGGGGAUAUUGGCCCCAAAUUUGGUUAUGAAGAGAUGGAUAAUGGCUACCUGAAGAUGGAUAAUUACCGUAUUCCUAGAGAGAACAUGCUGAUGAAAUAUGCCCAGGUGAAGCCUGAUGGCACGUAUGUGAAGCCUUUGAAUGACAAGCUGACGUAUGGGACCAUGGUGUUCGUCAGGUCUUUCCUUGUGGGAGAUGCAGCUCGGUGUCUGUCUAAGGCUUGCACCAUCGCCAUACGAUACAGUGCCGUGAGGCACCAGUCUGAAAUCAAGCCAGGUGAACCAGAACCACAGAUUUUGGAUUUUCAAACCCAGCAGUAUAAACUCUUCCCUCUGCUGGCCACUGCCUAUGCCUUCCACUUUGUAGGAAGGUACAUGAAGGAGACCUACCUUCGAAUUAAUGAGAGCAUUGGCAAAGGGGACCUGAGUGAGCUGCCUGAGCUUCACGCCCUCACCGCUGGGCUUAAGGCUUUUACUACCUGGACAGCCAAUGCUGGUAUCGAAGAAUGUCGGAUGGCUUGUGGUGGACAUGGCUAUUCUCACAGCAGUGGAAUUCCAAAUAUUUAUGUCACUUUUACCCCGGCCUGCACUUUCGAGGGAGAAAACACUGUCAUGAUGCUCCAGACAGCCAGGUUCUUGAUGAAAACCUAUGACCAGGUGCACUCUGGGAAGUUGGUGGGGGGCAUGGUGUCCUACUUAAAUGACCUGCCCAGUCAGCGUAUCCAACCACAGCAGGUGGCAGUCUGGCCAACUCUGGUGGACAUCAACAGCCUGGACAGCCUGACUGAAGCCUACAAGCUUCGUGCAGCCAGAUUGGUAGAAAUUGCUGCAAAAAACCUCCACACUCAUAUGAGUCACAGGAAGAGCAAGGAAGUAGCGUGGAACCUAACUUCUGUGUACCUUGUUCGGGCCAGUGAGGCCCAUUGCCACUAUGUGGCAGUUAAGCUGUUUUCAGAUAAACUCCCCAAGAUUCAAGACAAGGCCGUCCAGGCUGUCCUGAGGAAUCUGUGUUUCUUAUAUUCUCUGUAUGGGAUCAGCCAGAAGGGAGGAGAUUUCCUUGAGGGGAACAUCAUCACUGCAGCUCAGAUGUCACAAGUAAAUAGCCGGAUCCUGGAGUUGCUCACACUAAUCCGGCCUAACGCCGUUGCUCUGGUGGAUGCCUUUGACUUUAAGGAUAUGGCGCUCGGCUCUGUUCUUGGCCGCUAUGACGGGAAUGUGUAUGAAAACUUGUUUGAGUGGGCUAAGAAAUCCCCACUAAACAAAACGGAGGUCCACGAGUCUUACUACAAGCACUUGAAACCCCUGCAGUCCAAGCUUUGAGCUUCCCCAGGAGAAGUCUGACUUGCUCAGAGAGUGGCAGGAAAUCUCUCCUCCUUGAUUCACUAAUCCUUGUGAAAUCUUCAUCAAAUUUGUGUAGCUAUAGAGCAACUGGUGGGUUGGCCUUUUUCCUCUAUAAGUAAAGAGAAAUGAGCAGACUGUAGAGAUGAAAUGCUUUGAGUGCAGUCACAGACUCUUAGGUACUAAGAGGGCUGGCUUCACAGCGUGGUCUGUCUGACCUCCAUCUGGGCUGCUGCUAAUCCCAGUAGGCAUGACUGAGCAAUUAACAGUUUACUUCUAAAUCCUUAUUUUCACAUUUUCACUGCUAAUCACUGGAUAUAUGUUUUCUAAAGCAACGGUCUUUUAUAAGGUGGAACUUUCUAGGUUUUCCAGCCUAAGUAAUCUACACUAAAAAGGCUGUGCACGUGUGUCACUCUGUGAGCUCUAUCAUGAAUAUAGCUGACCACACCCACCUAGGAACCAUAAGCCCUUGUUGGAAUGAUCGUCCGUUCUGGGCUCUAACUUUCCUGGUCUUAGCACAAUUGCACCUUGUUCCCCAGUUUCUGACGUACUUAGGCAUAGUUAUCUUUACUUAUUUGGCCAUUGCCCAGGCUUCAGUCAUGGUUGCUGAUGUCCUACCUUUCCUGCUUGCCUUCUCCUAAAAGAGAUACUAAAGACAGUAACUAUUCCUACCUUGUGGGUUAAGUAUAGGGAGAGCCCUCAGCUGUGGCACUGAUGUAUUUUGGUUACUUCAUUAAGUAAAUUUCCUGGGACAAUCCAGAUUUGAAAGA